AUGCAAGUAUCAUUCCUCUUUACUGCUCUCUGGCUUGCACUCGCCAACGCGAAGCCAUGCUCGUUAACCGAUGAUCAUGGAUCUGCAACAACAAUAAACCCAGACAACACUGCCACAGUCCCUCAAUAUAGUAGUAAAAUCGAGAUCAGCAGCUUCCCGGUCUCCUCCCAAAGCGUCCGCCCAACUAGCUCAUCACCCCCUUACAAGGCCUCCUCAAGCCUCAGCAGUGUCCAGUCCGUAUCCCCAACAUCGACAAGCUCUCUAGCUCCCGCAAGCUCCUACGCCAGUUCGACUGCAGUCACAACCUCAGUGCCGGUUGGUUCCAGCAGCGUGCCUAGCUCCUAUGUCGUCCCAACUACCUCGCCCCUGAGUACAAGCAGCAGCCCGGCUUCAAGUUCAAGCACGUCUGCACCUUCAUCGACCAGUUCUGUCGGCCCGAAUACUUCCUCUCUGACAGCAACCUCGACAUCACCGUUUAGCAGCAGCUUCACCUCUUCUGUACUUUCAACCACGACCGGGACUCCCUCUACUAUUACACCCACAUAUCCGACCACGGUGAUUACAUCGGUGACCACGUCAAUCUCGACGACUGACACCAGCACUUCUACAUCCCUGUCCACAAUCAUCUCAACAUCAACGAUAAGCACCUCGACCACCGAGGUUUCUACGUCGACGACUGAGUCCUCAACCUCGACCACUGACACUUCAACUUCAAGCACCUCAACUUCAUCUGUAGGUCCCAUCGUUACCAACCUUGUUCAAAACCCUGGCUUCGAGGACGGGGGUGGCUCCCUCCCGCCUUGGAAUGUCGCUUCGGGUGAUGGAGACGGGACCACAUUUGCCGGUCUCACGCAGCCCGGCAGCAAUUCGGCCAACGCCGUGCGCCUGUUGGCUCAAGCUGGACCGAACUUCCCCUCCGGCGCCAGCCUCUUCCAGACGAUAGCGCUUGACGCAGGUGCGACGUAUAAUAUUGCGUACGACUUUGCCGUCUCGAUUGUGCAAGAAUCGGCGUCGAAUUGUUUUCUCAGUAGCUCUGUCGGCAACACGCAACUCCAAUUUGUUCGGCCAGUGACACCACAAGGCUAUACCACCUUCUCUACUACCUUUACGUAUGACGGCAGUGGCCCUUCUUUGCGGGUGGAUGUGGUGUGCUCUGCACAAAGCGUACUCGAAGUCGAAGUGGAUAACUUCAGUUUGACACUUGCACAGUAG